AGACUUGCUCUCGUCCACGCCGCCACCGCUUCAGUCGCCUUUCUUGCUGUGACUCUAGCGUUCACUAUGGCUACUCAAGUCGCGACUGCACCCGCCACGAACGGCAUCCACACGAAUGGCAAGAUCAAGUCUAAGAACCAGCUUCGCCGACUGAAAGCCAAGCAGAAGAAGGCGGAGGAGAAAUCCGUCAAGGAGGAGGUCAAUGGAGACCGCUCGCAGGAACCUGAGGUGAAGAUGGAGGUGGACGAGCCUCAGAAUUUCGAGUACGUAUCUGAGCCGUUGGAUAUCAAAGACCCUGCCCUCGAAGCAUUCUCCGACGUCUUUGCACGCUUUAAGCCUCCACCGGAGUCUACUCUGCAAACGCGAGAUGGCGACCCGUCAAAAGGAGAGAUCAUCUACUCGGACGACGACAUGGCGUCUGAGGGCGACUCAGACUCAGAGGAGAAGAAGCCGCUAUCGAAGAAGAAAGCACGAAAGAUGAAUAGGCUCACCGUCGCCGAGCUCAAGCAGCUCGUGAAGAAGCCUGAAGUCGUAGAGUGGACCGAUGUCACCGCGUCCGACCCCCGUCUCCUCCUCCACCUCAAGAGUUACCGCAAUACGGUCCCCAUCCCUGCCCACUGGAGCGCAAAGCGUGACUACUUGCAAGGCAAACGUGGUAUUGAAAAGCCACCGUUCCAGCUCCCGUCGUACAUUGCGGACACGGGCAUUGCAACAAUGCGCGAUGCGAUAAAGGAGAAGGAGGCCAACAUGACCCUGAAGGCGAAGACGCGUGAGCGUGUUCAGCCCAAGAUGGGCAAGGUCGACAUCGACUACCAAAAGCUUCACGACGCGUUCUUCAAGUUCAUGACGAAGCCUAAUGUCACCGGCUUCGGAGAGAUGUACUAUGAGGGCAAGGAGUUUGAGACGCAACUGAAACAUAAGCGUCCCGGUGAGCUCUCUCCUGAGCUCGUAGAAGCACUCUCCAUCCCGCCACUUGCUCCGCCACCAUGGUUGAUCAGCAUGCAGCGCUUCGGUCCACCGCCAAGCUACCCGACGCUGCGGAUACCUGGGCUCAACGCUCCUAUACCUGAGGGCGCUCAGUGGGGCUUCCACCCUGGUGGAUGGGGUAAGCCUCCCCUCGACGAGUAUAACCGACCACUUUACGGUGACGUCUUUGGUGUACUGCCCAAGAACACUGACGCAGAUAUGGGUGAACCUGUUGACCGUACCCUGUGGGGUGAACUCGAACCCGAAGAGGAAGAGGAGGAGGAAUCCGAAGAGGAGAGCGAAGAGGACGAGGACGAGGAGGAACAGCAAGAAACACCCGCAGGCGGUAUGCAAACGCCGUCAGGUAUGGAGACACCAUCCGGCAUGGCCAGUGUUGUUUCAACAGUUGCCGGUGGUCUGGAGACGCCCGACUUCCUGGAACUUCGCAAGAACUCUGCGCGGGCACCCUCAGAAGCCACGGACAGCGGGCCAAGAUCGUUGUACCAGGUUGUCCCGGAGAAGCAGACAUCAGUGCGGGGCCUCAUGGGCAGCGAGCGUGGGUACGACGUCAGUGCUGUUGCCGGAAAUGGCGCUAUACCUGUCCUUGGAGACGAGCGGGGCACCAAGCGGAGGCACAACGGUGUGGACGUCUCGAUCGACGCCGCAGAGCUGGACGGCAUGUCGACGGAGGAUCUGCGUCGGAAGUACGACCAACACGCGCGCGGCAACGCAGGGGUCCCCGGUCAGAGAACGGAGGACUUCUCGGACAUGAUUGGGAAGGAGAUGUCGAAGAGAAAGCAGAAGGCCGAAACCGACAGGGAGCGUCGGAAAGAGAAGGACUUCAAGUUCUGAUCUUGCCUGCCUUUCGUCCUGCUUCCUGUGUUUUCCUGCUUCGUCCUGCGCUGUGUAUGCUAUUAGUCAUAUUGUACUUCUGUGAAUGUAGUCGGCUUCGGGAUUUUUU